UUUGAGAAAGUGACUACUAAUAUAGUAGCGAGCGUUUUGUGUUGUGUUGUGUGUGUGUGUGACAUUUUACACAUUACAGCGUAUAAAAAAAAACGUAGAGCCACAAAAGCUUUUACAUAACAGAAUCAAAAUUUGUUUUUUUUUUUUUUUCAAUUUUAUAAAAUAGUUCAUAGAUGGAGAGGAACGUCGUCGUUUCGCGGCGGAGGAAGACGGAGACUACGGCGGCGACGGCGGCGAAGAUUGACGGUUUCGAUGUUUUGCCGGCUGGUUCUGAAGAAGCUCACGUUCUGGCCGUUGACGACAGUCUCGUUGAUCGGAAAGUCAUUGAACGGUUACUCAAAAUUUCUUCUUUCAAAGUGACUGCUGUGGAUAGUGGAAGAAGAGCCUUGCAAUUUCUUGGUUUGGACGAAGAGAAAACCUCCUCUGUUGGUUUUGAUGGCUUGAAGGUGGAUCUGAUUAUCACAGAUUACUGUAUGCCUGGAAUGACUGGCUACGAAUUGCUCAAGAAAAUCAAGGAAUCGUCUAAUUUCAGAGAGAUUCCAGUGGUGAUUAUGUCCUCUGAGAACAUCUUAACCCGUAUCGACAGAUGUUUGGAGGAAGGGGCAGAGGAUUUCAUAGUGAAGCCGGUGAAGUUAGCAGAUGUGAAGAGAUUAAAGGAUUACAUGAUGAGAGAGGUUAGGAUUGAGAGUGAGAGCAACAUGAACAAGAGAAAGAGUUGCUGUGAUCUAACUGAAUCUGAACCGUCCAUUUCUUCUUCAUCAUCUUCUUCAUCAUCAUCAUCAUCGGAAUCUCCUUUACGGACUCCUAUAUCUUCAUCAGCUCCGUCUUCUCCUACACCUUUAGAUUCUCCAAUCAGGCGGCUGAAAAUGACCCCCACUGAAUGAUUAUAAUAGUGGGAUAUCCUGCAAUCUCUGCAAUUACUUCUUCUUCUUCUUUUUAAGAAAAAAAAAAAAAAUUUAAAUCCCUUUUCGUCAAAACUGCAAUUGUCCGUUAUCUGUAACGGUUUUUAUUGCAUUACCGUUAUUUUUUCUCUUUUUGGGUGGGCGUUAUUUGUUUUGUUUGUGCAUAUAAGGGGUGACUUCUGUUUUUACUAAUACUGAUAUGAUGAUUUUACUGAUUUACAUUACUAUAUUAAGAACAAUAUCAGCCUUUUAAUUGAUA